UCGUCAAGGUAAUAUAAAUGCUCUUAAAUUACUCACUUCUUUAUCAUAAUUUGUAAUUUUAUUUUUUCAAAUCCAGUGAUAUAGAUAGCUAUAUUUUAAUUGCUACCCUCAAUAAUGGAUUGUUCCAUUUCCUCAAUGAUUAUAUAAAAGACAAUGGCACAAUAACAUCCACCAUUUAUUUUUAUCGUUUUGUGAUUGUUUAAAGAAACAUAUCAAAUUAAAGGGCACCAUGUGGGUGAAGAUAUUAUUGUUAUCUCUUUACCUGCUACUGCUGUUCUUUCUGACUCGACUGCUGGAGGCGGCGUCUUGGUAUCACGGUGGAAGACUGUUUUUUCCAACGAGGACUGUUCUCGAUCCCUUCUCACUCAGUGUGAGAAAACUGAAGCAAUUAUUGGAUAGUCGAGGCGUGAGUUAUGCGGGAGUCGUCGAAAAACAGGAACUGACCACUCUGGUGGAUGCCUCGGGAGAAUUAACCAAAAGUGAAUUGGAUGAAGCAGUCAUAGAAGAUUCUGACAAAAUAAUCUCCGGUUCUUCUGCCACGCCUCAGACCACUCAGUUUAGUUGCGGAGAGCAUUUCUAUGAAGAAGUCGAAGACACAAAGGAUAGUGUUUGGUUGGUACAAGUGAUUCCAGCAGAUGGAAGUAAACCUUUAUUGGAUGACGUUACCUGGCAGCAAGUUGUUUCCAAAGUAAAUCGGUUUGGGAUGAGAACGGGAAUUUUCAGGUGUACUCUCGAUAAGAGAUUAUGUUUACGCAAAGGAUGGACUUCUCCACGUUUAAUUCUUGCUCUUCCCAGAGGUCAAAAGGCAAAAGAAGAUGUUGUUAUGCACAGUUAUCUUUAUCCCACAAAAUUACAGCCCAUUUUGGCUUGGGUGUGGCAGCAGCUUUCAUCACGAGUGAAACGCAUAACAUCUGCAAAGAAACUGAAAGACUGGUUGAUUUAUAACUCGGAGGAAAGCUCCAAAAUACGUAUUAUAUUAUUCUCCACUCUGUUAGAACCGCCUCUGUUUAUUUCAGCACUUGCUAUAAAAUUCAAUGGCCGUGUCAAAUUUGGAAUCGUUCCAGUUGCUAGUGAUGACGAAGGCCACCGUUAUGCAAAAUUGACCGGAAUUUCUAAAUUUCCUAAGUAUGUUGUCAUUACUCCAGAAAAGAAGAUAUAUUAUGGUUAUAGACCAGGUGAAAACUUAAAUUUUAAAAGCAUGGAACUGUUUCUAAAAUUUUACAGUCCCGAGAUGAAUGAUAUAUUUUUAUCGAGUUUGUUGCUAGUCAAUGUUUUUGUUGGAUUUGAUAUAUUUUUAAUAAGUGGAAAAUUAUGGAAGCAUUUAAUUCGUUGUAUAAUCAAUCUUGUGAAGUAUAAUUCCAUUCUGUUUUUAUUUUGGUUAUUUAUUGUCACUUUGUACCAGUUUUCUUUCAUGGAAGUAAUCACAUCUUUUUGUUUAAAAUUUACUCGCUUAAUAAGUGAUACGUUUAUUUUUGUCAUUAUAAGAAAUGACUGGAGGCUGAUAACUAAUUUUCCUCUUUGUAUAAUAUCAUUUUUCAUUUACGGUAUACUUGUUAGCAUUUUCUGGAAAAAAUGGGGACGAGAGCCAGAAAUAGAUGACAUCCCUUUCUUUUCUAAUUGGUGGACAGUUUCGUGGGAGAGUGACAUCAUGAAUUAUUUCUUCCGUCCAAUGGCUACCCUUACUAGACCGAUGGCACCGCAAGAUCUCGAUUUGGAAGAAGGUAUGGAACUAUUAAUCGAAAGAUUAGCCGUUCCUAACUUCUGGCUACAACCGGUAAUACCGACUGAUUAUAUUAAUGAUCUUCCUAUUUGGAAUUACCAUGGAUGGUGUGAUGCAGAUGACAAAGAAGCCCAGGAGAAGGGUUGGUUUGAAUCACCAUCGUGGAGUUCUAGCGAUGAUGAAAGUACGUCAUUUGCACAAUCUCAAGAAAUUCCAGUAGCCAAAGAAAGAAUUCCAAAAGAAACAAAUUCCACAUCUGGCAAUCAAUCUAAAGCUAAUAAUAGCAAAAUUUGUGAUUGUAAAUUUAGAAAACAAAUGUAUUCAAAUAAAUCUAGUCAGGACUGUGCGAUAAAAAAUUGCAACAAACCAAAUUUGAUGGCCACGUGUAGUGAUGACGUGGAACAUUCGUGGAAAGCAUCAAAAAUGUGUUCCUGUAAUAAAUUAUCUAACAUAAAGAGAAUAGAAAUCAAAGAAGAUACUUUGUCUAAAGAAUCCGAAACGUCUCGCGCCCCGAAAGGGAUGAUAGAAUGCCGAGAGUGUUCAAUCUGCUUGGAGAACUACAAGUACGGAGAAUCUCUGUGCGGUCUGCCAUGCGGGCACAACUAUCACUUGAACUGCAUCAUGCUCUGGCUAUCGAGAAAUAAUCACUGUUGUCCUGUCUGUCGGUGGCCGCCUUACAAAGCAAAAUCACACAACUAUAAUCAACAUUUCCACUUUCAAUAGUUCUUGACAAUCUAAUAUAUUGUUAUGGUUCUGUAAUAUUUUAUUAACGGAAGUCUAUUGUUUGGAUCUGUUGUUUGUCAGAUUGAUUUUUGAUAAAAGCUCAAAUCUAUGCAAAAUAAUCUAAACAUCAAAUAUUUUAUUGAGUAUCUAGUUGAGUAUCCGCAUGCAAAACUUGGAUGUAAACAAAAUGAAUUCCAUAUAAUUGACUAUCAAAUCUCUUACAAUUAAUUUCAAAAUGGCAUUUAUGUCACUUAAAUGUGAUUAUCAAAGCUAAAUUGAUACUCUAGACAGAGAUUUUUUAACAGUAUUUUGUCCAUCUGACUGUCAAUACAAAAAAUAAUCAUUAAAUGUACAGUAUAUAUUGUCAGGAGGAAAAUCUAUAAACUUAUUUUUUUGUCUAGAUAGCAUAAACCAUAUAGAUAAUUCCAGUUUCUGUCAUGUGUUCAAUUAGUCUAGCUUUAUUUUUAUAAACAUUUUUCUUAUCACAGAUACUAAAGAUAAAGAAAAAUACCUGAAAAUGAAAAAUCUGAAACUGAAGAAGUCAAUAUAUAUCCUUGGAGCUUUUUAUUGUGUUAUUAUCAGGUAGACUUUAUGCAUACAGCUUUAUAUUUGGAUACAUUCUGAACCCAAACCCAUACAUACAGAAUCUGUAAACACUGAAAACAAUAUCUUAAGAAAUUUGACCUCUUAACUUUCUGAUUUUUCAUAUUUAAUUAUAUAAAAAUUCAUUCAGGGUUUCUCGUAUUUAAUUAAUAACUCUACAAAAUUUGAACUUCUUCAGAAAUAUAUUUUUAUUCUGAGCAUUUGACUCGCAGCAUAUAAUUGCUUGCCUCCUUUGUACCAUGUGCUUUGAAAUUAUUCAAAAUAAAAGCAUAUUUUAAAUAAAUUUAGCUUAUAAAGUAGUAAGAAAUUAACUUGUGUUAAGCAUAAUCAUAAUUUUUAACUAUGUCUUUUUGUGGUUAGCACAGAGAUAGCAAAUCAGAUUGCUUUAAUUUUGCAUAUAAUGGCACAUAAAAGUGGCAGUGUAGCUAGGGAAAGCUUCUAAACAAUUCAUUUCCAUCAAGCAGAUGAUGGAAUAUUUAAAACUGUAUCUAAAUGGUAAAGUUUCAUUUCAUUUCUAGAAUUCUGCUGAACAAAAUUGAAUUAAUUUGAUAAAUUCUAAAAUACUAUCAAAUAAAAACUUACCAUUCUCUAUUUUUUUAUAAAAGAAUAAUAAAAUACAGGGUGGUUUCACGUUAGUUUAGUACUUUUUCGGAUCAUCCUAUUUAGUAAACUUUAGAUAAAAAUUCCGCAAUAUUUGUAGAUGGUUUCUCUAAGUGAACAAUAGGCCCAAAAAUAAUUUUUUUUAUUAUAUUUUUCUUAAUUUUCAACAAAAUGUGAGUGAUAAUUACUGAUGUAUCAUCAGAUUUUAAUAUAUCUGAAGUAGAAUAUUCUUGUUUGGGUUUUGUUUCUUCAAAAUCUUCAGUAUAUCAUAUUCUGGUCAGCGUUUCCCAUCUGUUGACAUUUAUUCUUUUAUUUUUGUAGAAACAAACCUAAAUUACACAUCCACAAUGCAUUUCUAAGUUAUAAGCUUAUUCUAACUGUGAAAACCAUUGGCAUCCACAUUGAAAAAUUUACCUGCUUUACUCAGAAUUAUGACAGAAUAAUUAUUCAUAAAUAAACAAUUUUGCAUGCUGUUCAGCUAACAAUGUAGUGCAGUAAUUGUAAUGAAGUACUUUUUAUUGCUACCCUUGUUGUACUAGUAAUAACAAUCUAGAUUCAAGAACACAAAUUAACAGUUUUAAUAACAGAAAUGUGCAUUAUAUAUAGUUUGGUUGACUCAAAACAUGUGCUAAAAUUAUAUUUCAGUUUCAACAAGGUUGAUAUUUUUCAAUGGAAGAUCCUCUUAUAGGUGAGUGAUCUUCGUCCCUAUUCCAUCAUUGUUUUAACAAAUUGAAUGAGGCAUUGAUGGCAUGUUUGUUCACUUGGCUGGUCAUUUUACAUCUUGACUUGUCAUUUGCCACUUAAUUGGGUUUGCAGUUUUAUUUUUCUAUAAAAAAAACAUAAUUGACAAUCAAAUAUUUUGCACGCCACAUUCCUGUAAUUGACGAAAAUAGCAUUGAAGCUAUUUUGUGACACACUUUUCUCUACUUUUAAUAUCUUUUCAUAGCUAAUGUAAAGAAAUGCACACAAAAGUAGUUAAUGAUGAUAAGAGAACAUAAUUGAUAGUCAUUAUUUUGUAGAACUAGUGUCAUUUUAGUGUGAUCAAAAUAAGAGAUUUACAAUCUCAUUUUAAUUACUUGCAAUUCCAGUUGAUUUUGAUCAUUUUUAAUGAUGUAAUAUUUAAACUAUGAUGUACCGAGUGAUCCAAAAGUCAGUUAACUGAUAUAUAUAUAUACUGUAUGUAUAUAUAUAUAUGCUAUUCCAGACUGGUUUUAUAGGCUAUAUAGUCCUUAUAAAGUGAUGGAGUCACAAAUAAUGUAUGGCUACAUGUAUUGGCUUAACCAUUCUUAUAAUUUUAUAAUCUUGGAAUUUUGGACUCCUUUGUACUGAGCUGCUCUUCAUAUUUCCUUUUAUUAACAUGUGAUAUUGUUUCAUUCAAAUGAUCUUUGUCUUCUUAAAUAUUUAUUCUGGUUUUGCUGUUUGUUAUUGAAUUAAUUGUUUUAAGUUAUGAUAUAGAUAUAAAAGUUUUGAUACUUAUUUUUUUAUUGAUGAGCAUUUAUAUGUGCCAUUUACAGUUUAAGUGGCAAUAUUUUUUGAUAUAUCCCACAUGCUGAUUAGCUAAGAACAGGAUAAAUAUUGUUAAAUUCUUUUAAAUUUUAGUUUAUUUGCUGUUCUCUUAAUGAAAUUGUUAGAUAUCUCUGUAUAGUGGAGUUAUGAACUGACAAGAUGGUUCCAUUUUGUGUGGAAAAUUUUGAAUCACAGCAUGACUCUGAGAAAGAUUGAGGUUAGUGCAAGAUUUUCUUACAGUUUGCAAUAUAUUUAUGCAUUUCUUCAUAAUGUACUAUUAACAAAAUGCAAAAUAAUUACAUGAUUUGAAGACAUAGUUAGCUAUUAAUUUAGCAGACAAUAAAUCACAAUAGCAUAAAUAUGUACUAUAUAAUUUCAUGCAUUAAGUUCAUAAUUUACAAUACCAAUAUUACAUUAAUGCAUGACUUAGAACAUUUUCUGACUUAUACAGAAUCAUUAACCAUUUCUUCUGAUUGAUAUAACUGUAGAAUACCAAUAUUACAAUUAAAAUAACUUUUGUAUAGCUGUAUUUUGAUAACUAUCCAUGGAAUGUGGGAAAUUGUAUACUUCUGAUGGCAAUGAAUAGUGCUGCUGCUUAAGCUGUCAUCACCUCAUUACAUUACACAUCAUAACAAGAGUAAAGACAGCAUUAGUUCAUCUAGUACUUGUAAAUAUUAGCUUCAUACUUGUAUAAAUACACAUAGUUAAAGGCAGACUUUAACUCUACUUCUCUCUCUCUCUUUUGUCCCCUUUCCUUAACUCUCCUUUGCCUGUCAAAGGACAGGAUUUAGCUGUCCUUUGGAUUUAUCUCCAAUCACUUCUGUUUAAGACCAAAAACUCCAUAAAGCAUACCAGGUGAUAAAUACACCUCCAAAUUGCACACGGAUACUCAAUUCUCUUCCAUUAUGCCACUUAUCCUUGUUUGUGUUAUACAUUGUAAAGAAUAAGAUUGAAUGUUUUUUACAUAUUUUAUGAUACACUUUUCUUAAAUUAUUGUUAUGUUACUGAUUAAAAUUAAGAAAGGAAUCAAAUAUAACUUAAGAGAGGGACUUCAUCUAGUUGAGCAAAGGGAUCUUUCUGCUUAUUACUAAGAGAUCUGUAUGGACAAAAACAAUAAUAUAUAACUUUGAGAUUGUAACUACAAGUAAAUCUGUAAAUAGUAUUCGAAUCAAAGAGUUUUUGAUUAAAAACAAAGUUCGAUAUCUUGAUAAAGUUUCAGAAAUUUGAAAACAUCAAUAUACAAAAUGACUUUAAAAAAGUCUUUGCUUUUUUAUGUGCUGCAAAUUUAAUUUCCUAAUUUAAAAUAUCUAAAAGUAUAUCACUUGAUCAUGUAAAUGAUCAAGUGAUAUACUGGAUUGAUCACUUGGAUGAUCAUUGUCUGAAACUUUAAAUUAUGAUUGCAUAAGAAUGAACAUAACUUAAUGUUAUUUGUUUAACAGAUAUGUGUUAUAGAUCAACUUCUAAUGAAGUUUUAUGAUUGAUUAAAUUGUAUUUUUAUGAAUUUAUAUUAGAAAUGUUAUAUAGAAUAAGUUGGAAUGGAAUGUCAAAUCAACAAGAGCAUCAUUUAGCAUUGUCUGUUGAGUUUCUGUCUUAGGCUAGAUUCUUUAUCCUUUUUAGCUUGUGAGUAUAAAAGUGCCUCUUCUUUUGUGAGAAAAAUAAACUGUCACCGGUAUUAAUGACACCAAAGACCAUUUAUUUUUUUCCCAGUGAAUAUAUUUUAGUGUGGGUCCACAUUCUCUUUACUAAGAAGCUUUUUAUCGUUCCUUUGUGGAUUUGGCCAGGUGGUUAGGAACAGUUUCUGAUGUAUCCAGAACUCUAGGAUUCAAUUUCAGGCCCACUCAGUGGUCCUUUUUCUAUUAGUGGCACCCGCACCCCAGCUUGGUAAUUUUUUCUAUUGAAGCACCCUGCACCCUUACUUUAUUAAUGUUAUGUUAUUGCAUUUUUCAUACUUUUAGUAAAACACACAAGUAUUACAGCAUCAAUCCGCACUGUAUUUUGCAGCACCCUGGUUGAAAACCAUCGCCUUAACUUGGGCGGAUCUACAUAGGGACUAAUAGGGCCCUGGGCCCCUACAUGUCGAGGGCCUACAAAAAUUGAAUUAUCAUCAUAAAUUUUUAAAACUUUUUCAUUAACAAUGAGCACUUAUCAUAUAGUAAGAAAUAAUUAAUAUUAAUACAAAUAAUACUAUAAAUUAUCAUUAUUAUUAACAAAAAUUUGGCCCAUUGGACUUCAAUAAGUCCUAGACCCCGAAAAACCUACAUCCGCCCCUGCCUUAACUGCUUCAGCCGCCUGUCAAUUCUGAAGCUUAACAAAUGUCAGAGGUCAUCAAUUUUUAAUUUAUUUUCAGGCCUAAUAAAUUUGAUGAUCUCGAAUUUAAGAUACAAAAGUUUAGUUUUGAACUCGAGCUUAGAAUUAACAUUUGAAACUGCAUGCCGAGUUCCUUCUUACAAACUUAAUUGCUGAAGGAUAGUAAAAUGUGCAUUUCACUGUCAGAUUUUCUUUAAGUUAUGUUCAAUCUCGCAGACAUGUACAAAAUGUACAAAUAAAUACACCAAACGUCAACAGUUGUGUAGUAUUUUCAUGGACAAUGGAUCAUUCAAGUGAUCAGCUCAUCAAACAGUGUAACUUGUUCAUUUACUCUGCAGUAAUUGGAUGACAUUUUGACCUUCAUUACAUGGCAGUUUUAGCAAAAUACAAAUAAAUCUUACAAAUUAUAAGAGUUCAUUUCUACUUAGGAAAAUCUUGUUUUAUUUGUGGUUUAAUUUUAUCAGUUUCUAGUGUAUCAGUAGCAUUAAAUAUGUUACAAUAGAACAGUGAUUCCCAAAGAGGGUCCUGCCUCCCCCUCGAGGGCUGUAGAAGACUUCGAGGGGGUAAUGGGAGCAAAAAUUCAUUUUGAAAUACGCGCUGAGAGAGGGUGUAGUCCUAUAAGUUUGGGAAACACUGCUUUAGAGGUUGGAGCGCGUGGUAUUGAAAUGCAUUCCUUUUUAGCCAAUUUGGUUAAAAUUUCAUCCAUUUGUUUUGUAAUUCCAUUCUAUAUCUGAGUUUGGCCAAUCCGCAAGGUACCUGUGCCAAAUUUUUAUGUAAAUUUUUCCUACUACGAAUCGUGACGUUGGGCUGUACAUUGCUUCUAAACCAAGACGAAAUUAAACGAUAUUGUUGAUUUAUGGAAGAAUUUAUUUGUUAAUAUAUAUUAUAUUUUUUUGGUGUUUUAUUUUCUAUAGCAGGAACAUAUAAAUUGUCGAAACAGGAAAAACAAAACAAAAAGAUCACGAAAUUGCUACCGAAACUUUUGUAAUAUUUUGUGCUGUAUUUUGUGAAAUAAACUGUUAAUAGUCAACUGUUA